AUGAAAGGAUCCUCCGAUUAUCUUCCCCUUGAUCACGAUGGCUCCAAGUCCAGCACGGACAUGGAAGACGAUAUGCUGAUACACAGACUACGGCUAGCUCGUAGCCAUAGCGGCUCGUACAUGAGGUUUUUGACUGCAUUGUCUGCAUUGUUGGCUCUUGUCAUAUACACAUCAAUCAUUGCGUCCGUCACUUGGGGAAUGGCCAAGGAGGAGCGCCGCCACGGUACCCGAUUCCUCGGAUCGCCGGCGAACGACUUCAUCACUUACGAACCCUAUGUAAUGGAACAGUGGGAACUCCGUGGUGGAGUUCGAUACUUCGGGGAGCCCAGCAAGGAGGUUGACCAGAAUUGGCAUAACAUCUUUGAGCAUCAAAACAUUGGGUUCUCUGAGAAUCUCAUGCACAGCCUUGGCCGAGAAGAGGAAGGCAUUCGAUUGCCUGACGGCACAUUCUUUGGUUCGCUCAUGGUCUUCCACCAUCUUCAUUGCCUUGCACUGAGCUACCAGAAAAACAUCUAUCAUGCCCUGCACCCCGCCUACUACCAACUUGAUCGCCUCAAAGGCCACGAGAAAGCCAUGCACGAUGAGCACACAAAGCAUUGCCUUCACAUGCUCAUGGACGCCGUCAUGUGCCAGGGAGACACCACGGUCCUCACCAUGAAAUGGGAGGAAGGAGGAGCUCGCCCCAUAGGCAAUCUCACCAGCCCACACGAGUGCGUUAACUGGGACAGGUUGAUGGAGUGGGUUGUGCCCAACUCGGUUGACGUCUUCGCUGAUGGCGUUCUUGUCCAUCCCAAGCGCGCAAACGUGACCGGCAACGGCAGCGGACACGAAUUCAAUGGGUCAUUCAAGGAGGCCGUUGCCACUGUGUUCGACGACCAGAUGGCCAAUUUUACCAUGACAUACGAUGCUGGGGCCUACCUGAGCGGUAAUGGCAAUGGGUCGACAUUGACCGCACAAUACUUUGAAGGAAGCAACAUCUAUGUCUACAUACGUGGGAAACAAGACGCAACAAGCGACUGGUGGAAUUCUGAGAACCCCGACACCAUGAAUAGUUCCGUUGAUCCUGGCGGCGUUCUCAUCAACAAUCACAUAGAUUCAGUGGCAACGAGCUACGGGGCUACAGACGACGGUGUGGCGUGCGUCUCAAUGUUGCAGCUGCUUAGCCAUUUUACCACCGAGGGUCAUCAACCGGAGCACGGGAUCGUACUGCUGUUCAACAAUGCUGAGGAGGACGGGCUACUGGGAUCGCGCGCGUUCAGCAGUAGUCCCUUGCUUCGGUUCUGCCGCACAUUUGCUAACCUCGAGGGGGUGGGGGCCGGCGGUCGUGCAAUGCUCUUCCAAGCCACAGACUAUGAAGCAGCAACUGCGUAUUCGGGCAUUCCUCACCCGUUGGGCUCUGUCAUUGCCAAGUAUGGUUACGAUAGAGGAGCUGUCAUGAGUGGCACUGAUUAUGAAAUCUUCGCAAACGUCUAUGGCUUGAGUGGACUUGACAUUGCGUUCUACAAGCCCCGAUCACGCUAUCAUACAGUCGAAGAUGACGCGCGGCACACGUCGAUUGAUAGCAUUUGGCACAUGCUCUCGGCAGCCUUGGAAGUUGCCCAGAGCCUGCCCGAAAAGUCGACCUCUGGACGGUCUGGUGGUCGAGGAAGCAGACAGUUCACUGACAAGGGAGUCUGGUUCGACUGGCUCGGCUGGGUUUGGAUUAGUUUCAGAGUCGCUGAUCUCUUCGCAUGGUCUCUCACUCUAGUCAUUGUUACACCUCUGACUGUCGCUCUCAUCAUAUACGCUCUUGUCAGAAUGGAUGCAUGGCAUCUUGGAAACACGACCUGGGGUGAUAUCCUCCGCUUUCCCUUGGCACUUGUGUUUGCCACAGCCUUGACCACUGCUCCAUUGAUUGCAGUGGCCAGACUCAAUCCGCUGAUAAUAUUCAGCAGUAGCUACGUCGUGUAA